AUGUCGUUCUCCGGAUUGCGGAAGCAAUUCAACAAGGCCAAUCAGUACCUAUCAGAGACGAUGGGCGCCGCCGAGCCUACCAAGCUCGACGACGUUUUCAACGAAAUGGAGAAGAACGUUGAUACAACGUUCAAUCUGAUCACCGAACUCGUCAACGGCACAAGUGAAUAUCUGCAACCUAACCCGGCCACUCGCGCGAAGAUGGCAACGGUAGUGGCGGUUUCCAAACUGCGCGGCACCACAAAAACGUCUCCGUACCCACAAACGGAAGGCAUGCUCGCUGACGUCAUGCAAAAGUACGGACAACUGUUGGGAGAGAAGAGCGAUCUUGGAAAGGUUAGUCAAAAAUUUUCAAUGUCUUUUUUUGGGCUCUCAGUCAAUAUUUGCAUCGUUCUAUUCAUUUUAGAGUCUGAACGAUGCAGCGGAAGCGUAUCGACAGAUGGCAGAUAUCAAAUACCAAAUGGAGGACAAUGUCAAGCAGAACUUUCUGGAUCCACUGACACAUUUGCAGAACAACGAGCUGAAGGAUGUGAAUGUAAGGCUUCUUCUUCUCUCCACAUGAAAGUAUCUCAUUUCCAAUGUUUGUUUUUAGCACCAUCGCACAAAACUGAAGGGACGGCGUCUGGACUACGACUGCAAAAAGAGACAACAACGACGAGAUGACGAAAUGAUUCAGGCGGAGGAGAAGCUAGAGGAAUCGAAAAGGCUCGCCGAAAUGUCCAUGUACAAUGUGCUCAGCAACGACGUACAUAAUAGCCCAUCCUCAAUUGUUUUGCCGGCUCACACGCUCUUUUGCAGGUCGAACAAAUCUCCCAGCUGCGCGCGCUCAUCGAAGCGCAACUAGAUUUUCAUCGGCAGACGGCUCAAUGUCUUGAAAAUCUGCAACAACAGCUGCAGCACCGCGUCAAAGAGGCGUCGAGCCGGCCGAGAGAGGAGCACGUCCCACUGCUGGUGCUUGGCAACGAAAGCCGCACGCCACGCUCAAGGUAAGGGACCCCCUUCUCUAUUAAUGGCCUGCGUGUUGUUUUCGUAUCGAAGAGCGGAAGCGGAACGGACGGGCUCUCAGCUUUUUAAGAGCACUGAAGCAUUUCAUUUUGUGAGCCUAUUCACAAGAAAAGACUGCAUGAUUGAUUACGAAUAUUUUUUUCAAAAAAGAAAACUUGGGUAACGUCCAGAAAAUAUAGAUAUGAUAGGGGCACCGCACAGAAAUGGCGCUCUGUUGAGAAACUCUUUUUGCAGUGCAAAUUGAGCGACCUCGGGGCCGAGUUUGUAAAAUUAAGCCCCGUUUUCAGUGGAAAAUUACUUCGCGGCCUAGAAAUUCGGUCAGAUUGCUAACAGCGCGCCCUUUCUGUCUGGUGCCCCUAUAAUAUGAUUAUUGUGGUUGUGAUUUUGUUCUGCAUGCUCAAAGCCUUUUCCAAAACAUCCCUUCAGUUUCAGAUCGCCGGCUCCUUCGGAGAUGACUCAGAAUUCUGGAUCAUCAGGGGUAUAUUUUCGACUGACUUUAACUGUGACGAUCUUAAAAUGUUUAGAUUGCCCAAAACGGCGGAGCAUCGCAGGCUCCACCAGCUUAUCAAGGACCUCCUCCCGGUGGAAUGCCGCCUCCGCUCUCCCAACAGCAGAAGCCACAAUGUCGCGCUCUGUUCGAUUUUGAGGCCCAGAGCGAAGGAGAGCUUGACUUCAAAGAGGGAUCGGUGAUUGAGUUGGUGUCACAGAUUGAUGAGAAUUGGUACGAGGGACGAUGCAACGGAAAGUCCGGAUUGUUCCCAGUAACCUAUGUGCAGGUGUUGGUCCCUCUCAAAUGA